AUGACAAGAUCGUUUAAUUGGAUGCCCUGGAAUAUUAUAUUUAAGUUAGCAACAGGAGAGCCAGAAGACACCAAAUUAACUCGAAGGAAUGGUUCCCCUGGAACUUCAUCAUCUUCUGGGAUAUUUUCUGAUGCUGUUACUCGGCUAGUAGCUGGUUCGUCGCCACUUUUGCCUGCUAGUUAUCUUACAUAUAAUCCUGCUUCGGGCUUGUCGCACUUGAUAAACGUCAAUAUCAGCUCGAGGAAAAUCUUCGGCAUCUACCAGAGAUUCAAGGAGGCUCAUCCAAAAUCUAAGCUUUUUGACUCCAAAGCCGAUGUAGCCGAGUAUGAGAAACAACAAAAAGAUGAUUCAGGUCCAAUAAAAUGGAUUUUGCUCGGAGUACCAAUCGUGACUUUUAUUCUUGGUACCUGGCAAGUGGAGAGGCGCAAAUGGAAACUAAAUUUGCUUGAAGACCUCCACAGAAGAACGCACUCUGAACCAAAAACUUUACCAGAAAAUCUGUCCGAGCUAUCGGAGAUGGAAUACUGUCCCAUAAAAGUAAAGGGAAAAUUCUUGUAUGAGAAAGAAUUCACAGUAGGUCCAAAAAGUUUGAUUUUCGACGGUGCUGGUACAUCGGAAAAAGGAGGCGGGGGUGGUAUAAUUGGAGGCGGAGGACGUACUGGCUUCUGGGUGAUUACUCCAUUCAAAUUGGAAGAUCGUGAUCUGACAAUUUUGAUCAACCGAGGCUGGAUUCCAACGAGGAUAGACAAGUAUCCAGUUGAAAAGUUAGCACAUAUUCCAGGCACUUUUGAGAUAACAGGAUUGCUGAGGUUACAUGAAGAGCGACCACCAUUCAUGCCCAAGAAUAAACCUGAGAGCAAUUUAUGGUUCCACAGAGAUCUCAGGGCCAUGGCAGAGGCUACUGGUGCUGAUCCGAUUUAUCUUGACUUGGUAGCGAGUGAUGGUACACCUGGUGGUCCAAUUGCUGGACAAACGCGUGUGUAUCUUAGGAAUGAACACUUUAGUUAUAUUGUUACUUGGUACUUAUUGUCAAUAAUAACAUCUUGGUUUUGGUACAGAUUAUACAUACAAAAACUACCACUUUUGUAA